ACCGCGGUGGUGGACGGGACCGUUCUCGACAGAGGAGACGGGGUUCUGUGACGUCUGAUGAUUUAGGCGACUCAGAGGACGACGAGAAGCGAGCAAGGAAAUUGAAAGGUAAGCAAAUUCUAACUAGCGGUUUCGCCGCUGUGGCGACCAUCCACGCGGCCCACACUGUCUACCAGAGUAUGGAGAAGCGCAACAUGAGACGCAAGGCGGUGAAUGCGGGAGUAAUGAGCGAAGAGGAGGCCAAGAAGCUGAAAAAGAGGGCAAUAUGGCAAGACGCCGCCGCCGUCGGCAUUGCGGCGCUGGGCAUCAAGAGCGCCGUCUCCGAGAUCAAGGAGGCUCGCGAGUUGCGACACGAAAUGCACCAGUGGAAGCUGGAGAAGGCGGAGAGACACAGGCGACGUCUCGAAAGGCAGAUGCGCUUGGCGAACGGUGACGGCGUUGACGGCACCAACAGCUACGACCAGCUCGGUAGACGCAGGGCUGACAACUGGUCUUCGGCAGCUCCACCAAUGGCCAGCCGAUAUGACGAUGGACCCCGUUAUAUUGACGGGAAUCCCUAUGCCGCUAUACCUCCUUCUUCUGCCCCGCCUUCGGAUAGGAGGUAAUCGGGG